AUGGAUAGAUAUGACCCUGUGGAAUCGCAUUCCAGAAGUUCGAAAUCAUUCAUCUAUCUUGUCAUCAUAUCACAGAUUUUUGGGUUACUUGCCGUCAUCUUAACAGCUGUUUGGUUGGGAAAAUACUGGGGUGGUUUUAGUUGGACUAACGCCAACACAGUCUUCAAUUAUCAUCCUCUGUUCACGGUCUUGGGUCUAGUGUUUUUAUAUGGCGACGCAAUUUUAGUAUAUCGUGUAUUUCGAUCAUUCCGAAAACUACCAAUUAAAAUUCUACAUGCUGUCCUACAUAUUCUUGCAUUCUUAUUCGGUGUUCUAGGAAUUAAAGCGGUGUUUGAUAUGCACAAUGCCUUAUUAAUACCUAAUUUAUACAGUCUUCACAGUUGGUUAGGUAUAAUAGCUAUUAUAGUGUUUGGAUUACAGUGGGUUGCAGGUUUAAUUGGCUUUCUGGUACCCCAGACACCCCAAGUUGCUCGUAGUAAACUUCUUCCUAUACAUGUUACACUAGGCAGCUUUUUAUAUUUACUUGUGAUUGGUGUAUGUAUCUCUGGGAUUACAGAGAAGAACUUUUUUUCAAAAACUUAUCCAGUUUUAAAAGCUGGUGAAUUAAUUGGCAAUUUACUUGGUGUUGUAUUGGUAAUAUUCUGUGGUUUAAUAUUUUAUUUAACUCAAAAUCCAAACUAUCGUCGUAUAGAAACAAUAUCUCCAGAACAUCGUGCACUACAAGAAUAA